AUGACGACGACGACGGCGACGACGACGGCAGGGGCGGCGCCGCUUUACGGAUGCAGCGAGCGUCCGGUUGUGAUGGUCGACGUGGACCACACGCUGACCGACCUGCUCGCGUGCAUGACAGCGUGGCAGGAAGCAGAGCGCGAGACGCACACGCAUGGAAGCUACGAAGACGGAGACGGAGAAGGAGUGAAAGAGACAGGGUCAAAACGUGGAGCAAGUCCCUGGGAGCAAAGCGAUGUAGAGAGCAAGAGAUGCGCGUUCUUCGGGUCCAAGCACUUUUUGGAGACGGAGCUGGAAGCGGUAGAAGGAGCCGCGGAAGUGUUGAAGCCGUUGCGCAGUGCCUUUUCACUGCUGGCGAUCACAGCUCGUCCGCGGUCUGCGGAGAAACAGACGCGCGAGUGGCUCGACCAGCACUUUGCUGGCGUGUUUGACAAGCUGGUGUUUGUGGACGACGAGGCCAGUCCGGUACACUUGGUCGCGCGCAAAAAGGAGCUGUAUGAUGAUUUCAAGGUGAAGGUUGCGGUAGGAUCGGAUCUUGCCGAGUUGACCGAAGCAGCGAAAGACGUGGAUCACGUGGUCGUCGUCGGCUCCAUGCCAUGGACAAAGGGGGCGGCAACGUCGCACUCGUGUGUCAUCGAGAUUGAAAAUUGGUCAGCGGCAAGAGAGGUCUUUGACCGGCUAAUUAAGGAGCUUGAUCUCCAGCCUUUGAACAAGGUUCUUUCUGGACCUCGCCUUGCUCGGUACACAGACGACCUUGUCACAGUGUCGAUACGAAAACCGGCAGUAUUUUACGCCAAUAUCAUCAACUCGAAGUUCACGGUGCAGAAGCAGGAGACCGUUCGACUGCAGGCGUCCGAGGCGGCCAUCACGGCAGCAGUGCAGGUGGCGGAGAUUCUGCGCAUGCAAAACAGUGCCAUCACGACGAAAAUCACUACACGAUACGCGCUAAAUCGCCCUAAAGACCGUGGCGGUUACCGCGUGCCAAAGAUCGAGUUGGUGCUCCAGCGUAUUGUGCACUCAGCAGCUUAG